GUGUCUUGCUACGGCGAGGAGUUCGCAGAAUGAGAACGGAAAACAUGGAGACUGAACACUUGUGAUAUCUCUACAACCCGGAGUCCGAAUUGAACCAUGAAACUCGCCACUGUGGCCUUCUACGGGUUGGCUCUGGGGCUUCUGGCGGUCGGCCUGCGAGAGUUGCUGACUGGCUUCGAGGAGAACAGAUGCAGUAUGACCUAUAUGUUUGAAUACCCGGAGUACCGGCGUGUGGCUCUGCCUCGUCGCGUGGCCAGACUGUACCCAGCGUACGGCCUCUACCUGUAUGGAGAGGGUCUGUACGCCCAGGAGACCCGAUCGCUCAAACUCACCGGUGCCCCUGUGCUCUUCCUGCCUGGAAACGCAGGCAGCCACAAACAAGCUCGCUCCCUGGGCUCAGUGGCCUUGAGGAAGGCCGAGAACAUGGAGGGAGGUCUCCACUUCAACGUGUUCACCGUGGACUUCAACGAGGAGCUGGUGGCGCUCUACGGCGGCAGCCUGCUUAGGCAGACACACUUCCUGCAUGAGAGCAUUAAGGCCAUCCUGAGGCUCUACAAGUCCCUGAAGACCCCACCUCAGAGUGUGGUGCUUGUUGGUCACUCCAUGGGAGGAGUGGUGGCCCGGGCGCUCUUCACUUUGCCCCGCUUUAACACCAAUCUGGUCAGCCUCAUCAUUACCCAGGCCUCCCCCCACCUGGCUCCGGUGCUGGCCCUGGACCCGUACCUGCUGGAUUUCUACUCUGCAGUAAGACAGAAGUGGAUUAACCAGGCGAAAAAGCUCAGGAACGUCACGGUUCUGUCUGUCGGGGGUGGUUACCGUGACUACCAGGUCCGCUCCGGCCUGACAUCCCUGCCUUGUACCCCAGGAGACCCCAAUAAGUUGUCCCUAGUGGUGACUGCAGUUCCCAGGACUUGGGUGUCCACUGACCAUCUGUCAAUCGUUUGGUGCAAAGAGCUUGUUCUCGCUACUGUCAGGGCAUUCUUUGACCUCAUCGAUCCAGAAACCAGACAGUUCACAGUAAACCCAGAGAAGAAAAUGGCUGUACUAAACCAUCACUUCAUCAGACACCCUGUCAGGAUGCUGGAAGAAACUGAAGACACCUCCAUCUCCAUCUCAGAUUUUCCUGAAGCGUGGAGUGAAGUUAACACACUGCGCCUGGCUUACAGCACACCAAAGGAAGGACAAGUCAAAUACUUUCUUUUUGCCCUGUCGAGUCGCAGGAAGGCCUACAGCCAUUUCUACUGCCGAAGCAACAACCUGGAGAUGACUAGCUGGGUUUACGGCUGCGUGAACAAGAACAGUUCCUCGUGUGUGAGUGCGGUGGAUCUGUCCAUGGGAACUGAGCUUCUGCCACCCUACAAGGUCCUGAUUCUGAGUCUCAGUGACUUGUCUUCAGUUACUCACCUGGUUGUUUCGGCCUCCAAUCUCAAUGGCAAGCAGUUCACAGUGGAAUGCGAGUGGCAGAGACAAGAAUCUCAGACUCUGUCUCUCCCAAUGCCACAUGUUCUGUCCUUUGGUUUGUCUGUCAGCGACGUUUCGGUCAACUUCUCUGGACUUCUUCACACCAUCAAGCUGCAACACUUUCACCAGGUCUAUCAGGCUUUCAGGAUUAGUGUUGCAAGCCAGUGCAAAGUAAAUAAAGAUAGACUGCCCAAUGUGUACAGAAUACACGUGCCGUGGUUUCGAGAGGACUCUUUAACUACAGCCAGUGUGCCAUCAGUGACUGAGAUCUCAGGGAUGCUCCACACAAGUCGUCCAGACAACGCCUCAGGUGUCCUCCUUCAGCUCCACACCGCCCCCAACUGCCAAUAUAAGGUGUCAGUGAGGACUUCAUUACCCAGGGUGCUGGGACAGAUACUGAGGUUCUGUGGUCCCAUGGUGCCGGUGUACACAGCUGUCACGCUGCUCCAGGCCUGUGGGGGGCAGCUGUCCUCCAUCCUGAAGUCAAGGCGAGCUGCAGACAUGAGCCAGGUGGUGGCCAAAGGUCUGCAGCCUCACAAAGUCAAUCUCCCCGUCUUUAUUCUGCACAUCUUACUUAGCUGUAGCUGGUUUCAAGAUGUCUGGUCAUUUCUUUAUCUCCCCCCUAUGGAUGCCCUCCCCUCAACCCACCCUGAUGGUGGUACUCUUGAGGAUGCAGCACCGGUCGAAGAAUGGCCCCUCUUCCUGUCCCCUCUUCUUUACAUCUUGGGGGCAGCCGUGGCGUACUGGGGCAGCGCGCUGCUCCGUCUCAUCAUGCGACUGAUCUCACUUAUAUUAGCUCCACUCCACAGACCAUCUGUGUCUAGAGACUGUGGCACCCUGGGACUCCGGACCCAGCUCCUCAUCACUCUGUGUCUGACUGUUAUAGGAGGGGUGUCCUGCGGGGCGCUGUCCAUCUUUGCUGCCUUUCUGCUCCACCUUUACAGGUUACUGAGGCUACAGAUGACAGAAAGAUCCUUGAGUCACAUGUUGAAUCUGGCACCGCGGAAGCACAGAGAAGCCGAGAACGGCAUCGUCGAUGCAGAAUCUCUGAGCAAGUCUAAAGAAUGUAAUGGCGCCCCCCUGCUGUCUGAGUGUGCUCUGCAGGAGGUGAGGGACGACUUGCAGCUCCACCUCUGCCUAUCUGCACUCUUCACGCUUCCUGUCAUGCUCAUCGCACCCUCACUCCUCCACUGGAUCCGCAACCUGAGGUAUUCCACCCAGCUGGAUCCUGACCCUUGUUGGCCAUGCAGCGUGCCUCUAAUCAUUGUGUACAUCCUGCUUAUUAACUGCAACACUUUAAAACUCAGCAACAGUAAACUCCUGCCUCUGACGUCUUGCCUCUCGCUCCCCUUGUCCAUUGCCAUGGUGACGUUCUCUCCACUCCACCUCUACAGAGUCACCUACUUCCUGUUGGCGGCACUCGUCCCCAUGGCCUUGUGUUGCCUGCUCUGACGGUAUCUGGCCCGUUUCGGUGCACAUCUCUACCAUAAUAAGCCUUUCUCUAAAUUACAGCCCGUCUCCCUGAAGCUGCUCGAGAACCAUUCGUUCCAGGAAGACGUGCUCUAUCUCGCUGCCGUGGAGCAGAGCCAUAGACAUACAUAGCUUGGGGAACUGUGCGCUCGAUGUUGGCACUAAAAGCUCUUUGGCAAUUACACAAUGUUUUUCAAAUAAGAGGAUGUAAUGGCCUUGGACCAUUUGGUGUGAAUAUGGCUCUGAAGGAUUGACCUGAAACCAAGUUUGCCUUACUCUGUAUAUCUAUAGCUCUGCCUUCAAGGAGCAACAACUCCACAACCAGUGAAGCUACUGAUACUAGAGAUUCUUAACAGGGUGUUACUGUUCAAAUGUGUUCUUUUUCUUUUUGUUGUUUCCAGUGGCAGUGUCACACAUUCCCUCUGUGAGAAAAACCCAAAGUUAUCAUGUUUACAUUCUCCCAUAUUCACCUUUUUGAUCCAGAACGAUGACAAUGGCGGCAAAUUAAAGGUUUGCACUGGAAAAGGCGUAUUUUUCAGAAGAAGAAAGUUACGAUCUACUCCUUGUAACUCUAAAAUACUGUGGUGUAGCCAAACAAAUUUGUUAAGGAAUUGGCACAUAAAUGUGUCUUGCUUUGUUUUUGGGUUUUUUUGCAUUGCGCUUCGCCUUCAGGUAGCGCUGCACCGAAUAGUGAAGAAGGUUUCACACAUAAUCUACGCAUUUGAAUCUUAAUCAAUAUUCAAAUGCUUUCUCAUUUUUGUUGCAUAUCUAUCUAUUCUGUUUUAACCCGGUAUGUGUGCACAGUUGCAGAUGAAGAUAAUUAAUUAUAUACCAUUUUAAUAAUUAGAUUCCUGCGGUGGCUGCUUAUAAUUGUUUCUGCCUCAUACCAUCCGAACAUUUCCAAUAACUCCAGAGCAUUGGAAAGUUCAAACAUCAAAUCUUAUUGAUAAAAAGAUAGAUGUCAUAAUUUCCAAAAUUUCCCCACAUUUGUUAAUCUAAUGAAGUCUACUGCUUUAAUCCAUGUUUGUUGGUGUUUAGCCUUUCAAGAACAACUUUUUCCGCUGUCGUCAAAAAACAGUUUGCUCUCUUUCUUGCUGCAAACAAAGCACCCAUAUUCAUGGGGCGGCCUAGCAGCAAUCUAACAAUACCGAAAAGUACACCAAUAUAACCACAAUAACAAAAAAUAUAUAUUUUCUCUCUUUUUUUUUUAAGGUGAUGAUGUCGUAAAAUAUUAGGAAUAAUAAGCAAUUGAAGCUUUAUUUGAAAACCUCAAAAGUAGCUUUGAAUGUAACAAAAAAACGUUCAGUACAACCCUACCUUCAGGUCUCUCAUUCUUUUAUUCUCUCACUAAGGCAACAACGACUGUUAAAUAAGCAGCAGGAUAAGGGCUUGAUUAAAAUAAGCGCCUAAUAGUCUUUUGGCCAGAAAUAAUUGUGAUUUAUUUUCAAACUUGUAAGAAAUGAGCCAAGAACUGAAAGGUAGAGGGCAAAUAGGAAUUUCAGAAUGAUCUAAAAAUUAAUAUGUUGGUGUUGUUGCAUGUGCAAGAGCCUUGUCUCUCUAUUUCAAAUAAUCUAAACCAGUCCAACUCAACAAGUUCUCUUGAUAUAUUAAUUUAAAGUCAGGUUCACAGCACUGCCUCCAUCAGUACAAUUCCACAGUUUCUCUUUAUCAGAAUUAUUGUUCUCACUCUUCUGUUUUUUUGUAGCUACUGUCAAUUUCCCUGCACAGAUGUGUCAAAUCAGCUCUUAGCUCCCCAGUACAUUUGUGACUAAAGUAAAGUGGGAAAGUAAAAACAAACAUCUACAAUUCAUUAUGAAUUGACAAUAUAUUUAAUAGCAAAAGUACCACUACUAAGUUAAUAGCAGGAGACCUGUGGGAGCAGUUCCACAGUCUAUGACUGGGUUUACAUGCACACUACUGUCCUUGUGUUCAUGUAACAGUCGAGUUGUUAGCAUGUCUCUCAGUUAAAUAUUUUUCAUAUCCAGUUUUACAAAAUCUGAACAAACACCUAGAAAGUUGGAUUUGUUUUUACUUUAACAUCACAGUAUUCUUCUGUUGAUCAAUUUAAAAAGAUUUAAUUUUGUAAAACAAUGAGACAUGAAAACAUUCAGAGGAAUGGGAAGACUUCAUGGACAGCGCCGUAGUGCUGAUCCAGUGACCUCCAUGACAGGAGCCUAAUUGGCGGUAAUGCACAGGUGUUGACUGGUUAAAUGCGAUCGCGCCGAAAGUUAAUGAGGUGAUUGGGAGAUAAAUAUGCUAAACAGACAAAUUAGCAUCAGGGGAUGGCACUCAUCAUAAAUAUUCAUGGAGUAGUUUUAUGUUAUGGACACGCAGUAGCAUGCUACGGACAAAGCCAGUCCCUGAGGUUUCCUAAUGACUAUAAUCAGAAUGUGCUCGUUGGUAAUUUGAUACAAUGAAGCAGAAGCUAAACAUCGUUCUCAGUGAAGUGUCGGACUAGCAAGGUUCAAAAAGCAGAUUACUUACUAAGCCUGGGAUUUAUGUUCAGUGGAGGAUUAUGGGAUGUCUGUUUGGUAUUGCAGCUGAUCCACAGUAUGAUUGGAGCUUCAAACUGCAACUUCAAGCUUUCAACGGAAAAGUGUUUGAACUCCAUAUUGUGAAUGGAAUUGCUGAAGUGUCUUGUAUUUCAUGGUUACUGGUUAUGAAGGCACUGGUCUUAAUGGGAUGUGCACAGGUGAAUACUUAGGACCAAGGAUACCACCACCUUAUGUCUUACUUUUAUUUUUGUUUUUAAAUACCUUUUCAUCGAAAACGGAUCACAAAACUACUGGUCUGUGUGUCCUUUUGCAAGUCUUGAAAUAAAAACAAACUUAUUUUUUGAAUGGUUUUUUUCUUAAUAUGUAAGAGCAGAGUUCUUGUGGUUCCAAUUUUAUCCAUUCAAGAACAAAUUAGAAGAUGAGGCUGGGGUUGCUCUUCAUUUUUCUUGUUGUCAACCAAAGCCAACAGUGUGGGAGUGCAUCUCAAUACUAUUGCUUCCUAAUGAUGAUGUUGCAAAGAAAGAAAAAAAACCGCUCACAAACAUAUCGUUUUGUUUUAUUGGAAAAAAAGGCUCAGCAAUCUCCUAAAACAGCCGGGAACUGUAGUUAUUAUUUAAAGUUACUCAAACAGGAGUAAAUAGUGAAAUUGUUGGGGACUAUUUUCAGCUGUUGAUUAAUACACAAAGAUAUAGGAGGCUUUAGAUAUACAGGCAAUACCUAUUAGUAGAAUCAAUUAGUUGGUGUUGGUCUCCUAUUGGGUUUUGUUGAAAUAAAGAGAAAUACAGAAAAUCACCAGACUUAUCCUUUUAAUGCCAGGUGAUAUAAGAAGAGGAUGCUUGAAGCUUUGGAAUUUUUGAAUUGCGUCAUACCGUCAUCAUGAUAAUCAUGAUCAUCGUGAUGAACUGUUUCCUGUGAGGUGGUGUGUGUUGUUCUGGCACGUAGGUUUGACUGUUGUUGAUUCUUAGACUUCCGUUCUGUUAGCCAUUAACUUGUAUAAGCCGGUUAACUGUUGCACUCCCUCUGAUGGCCCUUAGUUGUAGAGUUUUAUAUCUUACCUUUUAUGUUUUUCAGAAAACGUGAUUUAGAAAACAUUUUAAAUACCUGAAAAUGUAUGAAACACAACUAACAACUAGCGAUUUAAAGUAUGUCUACUGCAUGACAGACGAUCGAUUGAUCUACCACAACUGGAGUUUCAUUUCACUAUUUUUUUAUCCUUAUAUUUUGUACUUGAUGCCUCUGCGUUAAAAAAUGGUGUCUUACUGCUUUGUCCCUCGUCCUCCUGCUGUUGCUCACACCCCCUCAUGUCAGUGAAGCAGCUGCUGUGCCUUUCUGCUUCUUCGUGUAUGCAGCAGUGCGUCUGUCUCAUACCUGCUAGUAGGUUUAAAACCAUUCAGUCCUCAGCAGCAGUGUCUUUGCUGAGUGAUAAAGGCCCACAGUGAAUGUAAGUGUGCUUCUCUGGUUCUGUGUGAAUGUGUUUACUCACGGAAACAUUUCUGCAACACGCUAGUAUGAUUUGAGACUUGCGUGGCUUUAUAAAACACUAAAGAUAAGUUCAUUAGGGACCAAUCACUCUUGCCCCUUUUUGAGCAAGCAUACAAUCAUAUACGUCAGCAUGCUCUGCAAAGACACAGCUGUUGUUCCCCAAUGUGAAUGUACCCGCACCGAAUGUCUCCACGUGUUUGGAUUUUAAUGGAGUUACUAGUGAUGUAAGUGAUCAGCUUUCCUGUGCACUCGUCCGUUUGGUGCCGUUUUAGUGCUUUGAGAUGCACAUCAUCUCCCUCUUGUGAAUUGGUGGCAAACACUACUUUGUAGAACAAAUUAGUAGAGAUGAAAGCUGUGUGUUUUUUUUAUUUUUUAUUAAUAUAAAUGUGAUUUUUAUCGGUCUUCACUGUGAUCAUGUCAUAGUUCCAGAUUUACACGUGAGGGAUUUCUUUCCAAACUGAAAAAAAUCAUCACUUGGGGGGUAAAACAAACAAAAAAAGUGACAUUUCCUCAGACAAAAUGAUGUUUUGGAAUAUUAGGCAUUUAAACUGAGGUUACGUUUUGUGCUUUUGUCUUAUAUUUUAGAGUAGGACAGAAAAUCAGCUCCUUGAAUACUUCCAGAAUGAGGUUAUAACUUUAAUGUUGGAGUGAAUUAACACCAGGAAUCAAAGUCUACAUUUCAUUAGCACUCAAGUUUAAAUACUGCCAUUUUUAUAACCUGUAAAACAAACAACGGUCCUGUUGCUCUCUUGUUGGAGUGCAGCUGUGAAAUGUGUCAAUAUAUCAUGUAUUCAUUUUGAGUUACAUAUUUUGAACUCCGACAAAAGGAUAUUUUACAGGAAGAAACAAGUAAAUACUUUAUCCACAUUAACUUUAAUGCUAGUUAUUCUCUUUUUAUUAAAAUGGGUCUGGGUGUGCAAAAAGAUGAAGUUGAUUUAUGGAAAUGAAGUAAAGUGUAGCUUAUUGUCCAAUAACUUUCCUGUCUUGGUAGUACAGUAGGUGAUACCUCAGACCAUGUUUUGGUAUCUUAUUUUACUAUCAAUCAAAUGUACAUCAUGCAGCAUAUAGUAGGAUAAAAACAUAAAAUAGCCUAAAGACAGAUAUCAGACAGUUAAGAGAUUUCUCCCCUCUUUGUGUGAGCUCCUUCAUGUUUCCUAAGCUUUAUUAGCAAUUGAAUCAAAACACACUUAAGAAAAAUAAUCCAUCACCUGCUCCACUCACUCCACUCAUCCAUCCUGCAUAAACUUGAGCUGAAAACAAAGACAAGGCUCUCAGUUCAACUUACUGAAAACGAGUUGCUCAGUCAGACCAAAUUCCCUUUCAGAAUCGAGCAUUUUAACAGCUUUUUUUAUUGAGCAUUUAGGAAGUUUAUUCCAAUGUUGAAUCAGCAUGAGUCAUCUGAUGGUCCCAGCACAUACAUCUCGCAUUUAGGUAAACUGUCGUGCAAUACCACAGUAUGACAUGACUAACAACAAGAUAACCAACAUUGAACUCUAUCAAAACCAUCAUCAAACCUGGUCGUUGUCACAUUGGUUGUUUGUAUUCACUAUUACUUUCUUUACCAAGUAUUGAAAAAUGUCAUUAAAUAAGACCUUUCUUUUCCACUGUCUAUGUGAUGAUAUGGAGGUAAAAAUUAUUUAAAAUGUUUACUACUGUUUUUAAGUGCUUUAUAAGUCUGGUAACCCUAUCAGUUUGUCUUUAUUCUGCUUCUGCCUAGAGUGACUUUAAAACCUGUAACCUCCUGCUGGCUGGUCCUUGUUGUGCAGAAAUAAUUAGUCCUCCGACCUUUGCUAAUACACUGCAACAGGCCGUCAGAUGAAAGAAGAGAAAAUGUACCUUAUCUGAGGGGUUGUUUUCUUUUAUUUGUAUUUUCUUCCGAGGCUCUGGUGUGGAAGAGUAUUUUCUCCUCAGGUUUAGGCAUUAUUGUGUCAAAAUUGAUUGCUUUGAUGUUUUUUUAUAUUUCUCACAUUUGUAUCUGAUGUCAUUGUAAAUGGGGUAAACUGUGCAAUUUUUGGCACUAUUGUUGUUGCAAUAA